AUCAAUUAUGAGCCCAAAUAUACCAAACUAGACCCAAACAAUACAUAUAUAAGUCGGCCCAUUAAUACUUGCGCGUAAAUUCAUCAUCCUCACACGGUCGUGUCUCCCCAGUCGCCUCCAUCCUCAACCUCAAGCAUCUAUUUCAACUGUAGGGAUAAGAUUAAGCUUCACUACUGUCAAUCCUUAUUUUUUUUACGGCCAAUUGAAGAAUGUUCGAAGCACUCCCCAAGGUUGACUAGCUAAGGAAGGGGACUGGAUGAAGAUGAUAUCUUCUUCUGUCAUAUCCAAUCGGGGAAUUUCAAGAUCCUGUUUAAGGCAAUUAAUCAAAUAUUGCACCAGUUUAACGUUUGAGGCAUCAACACUCUGCUGGAAGAAGUUCGAAGAUAAUUUAUAUGAAUAGUUUCUAAAUACUUUUAAGCUUAUCAGUAAUGGAUGACGAGAAAGGCCUUGAUCUGAGCUUGGGUUUGCCUUGUGGUGGAAAUAGUUCUUCGCAGAAGAGUAAAUAUGGCAGCUCCUCAGAUAUCAAGUCAGAUGAAGGUGAUAGAGGUAGCAAAUUAAUCAACGAGUUCAAAAACUUUCUAGAAGGUGGUAAUAACCAACAGCAUUCGAUAAAGGUUGGGGAGAAUUUCUACAAUAGCUUUGGUAAAUCUGCUGCCGAUUUAGAAACUUCUAAAAAUUCAAAUACUGGAGGAGGAGGAAUAUGGUUGACAAACGAUAGCAGGUCAACUGAAUUUGUCGAAGAUAAGAGAUCAAGCGUUGGUGAAAAGCGUAAACACUUGUUUAUCGAGACGAACCAAGAAAAGAAGCAUGAGAGAGAUGCUGCUAGCCAUGUUGAUUUGACUGAUAAAACCAAAACAUCACAUAUUUCCAUAACCACAGACGAGGGAUCAACUGCAGACAAUGAAGACGUAGCAGAAUCUGAAGUCGAUGGCUCGACUUCCAGGCAUGUUCCAAGUGGCAGCUCGGAAAAGAAUUUUAAUGUGAUGAAUAUGCCUAUGGCCUACAGUACUGUUCCUCUCCGAGGACAACCAGUAAACAUGAACACGAACACGUUAAGCUCUCAACCGAUGAAAGACUCGAAUACUAGUGGUACUACUCCUGGUAAUUUCCCGUUAAUGUUUGGGUACAAUCCUGUUCAGCUACCAUCUCUGGAUAGGGAUAAUUCUAAGGGCAAUCUUUCUCAUCACCAAGAAAUGCACCACCCGACUUAUUCCGGAAGGAACUCACUCAAUCACGACACACAGAAUAAUGACAGCCGAAAGAUCACCCAAGGGAUUUCGCAUAAGGAAACUGAAUCUACUACUCCAUCUUCUCACACAGAAGGAGAAGAAGUGAAAGGGUAUAAUCAGCUGAAAAAAGAUGCACCAGAUCAGGCUAGAGCAGCAGCAGCAGAGCUGAUUCCGGGUGAAUUUCCGGCCAUAAGGCCCGGUAUUGCAGGGGAAGUGAAAUUCGGAGGUUGUGGGUCCUACCCAAACUUGCCAUGGGUUUCUACUACGGGCCAAGGCCCGAAUGGGAGGACAAUAUCUGGGGUGACAUACAGGUUUAGCCCGACCCAGAUAAGGAUUGUGUGUGCUUGCCAUGGUUCUCAUAUGUCUCCUGAAGAAUUUGUUCGCCAUGCGUCUGCUGAAGAAAGCCAGGCUCCAGAUGCUUUGACAUCUUUGCCGAGUAGCAACCCUGCAGCCUCGGCUCAAAGUUGAUUUUCACUUUCUGAUAUAUUGAUUUCUCUUCUCCUUU